AUGGAUGUGGGAAGAAAUGACAGCACAGUGACCAAUUUCAUCCUUUUGGGAUUUUCAGAACGUCCUGAGCUGCAGGUUAUGCUCUUUUUGCUUUGUCUGGGAAUCUAUUUCAUGACUCUGGCUGGGAACCUGGGCCUCAUUGUACUUAUCAGGAUGGACUCACAUCUACAUUCCCCCAUGUAUUUCUUCCUUGGUAACUUAUCCUUUGUUGAUAUAUCAUAUACCUCCUCUGUAGCCCCUAAGAUGCUCUGUGACUUCUUCCAGGAACAGAAAGUCAUCUCCUUUGUGGGCUGUGCUGCUCAGUUUUUUUUCUUCCUUGGGAUGGGAGGCACUGAGUGUUGCCUCCUGGCGGCCAUGGCAUACGACCGAUAUGCUGCCAUCUCCAACCCUCUGCUCUACACAUCCCUCAUGUCUCCCACCAUCUGUGUGGGGAUGGCCAUUACAGCGUAUGCCGGUGGAUUCCUCACGGGGUUGGUCCAAACUAGCUCCAUAUUCCAGCUCCAUUUCUGUGAGCCACGAGUCAUUGACCACUUCUUCUGUGACCUGCCACCCCUGCUGGGCUUGUCUUGCUCCAGUACCUUCAUCAGCCAGGUGGUGAACUUUAUAGUUGUGUGUGCGGUCGGUGGCACGUCAGCUCUUGUUGUCUUGGUUUCCUAUGGCUACAUCAUUGCCACUGUUAUGAAGAUCCAUUCAACUCAAGGGAGGAUAAAAGCUUUCAGCACCUGUGCCUCUCAUCUGACCACAGUGAUUCUCUUCUAUGGCUCAGGGCUCUUCUCAUAUCUUCAUUCCACUGUUGGGUACUCACGGGACCAAGAUAAAGUGGCUUCCAUGUUCUAUAGUGCUGUGAUCCCCAUGCUGAACCCCAUCAUCUAUAGUCUGCGAAACAAGGAGAUCAAAGAUGCAUUGAAAAAUAUCAAGGAGAGGAAGAUGCAGUUAUCCUCUCUGUGUUUUAUAGUUCCUUAA